AUGAAAAUGGAGGAUAUGGCCCUGUCAGGCCCAGACAGCACCAGGCUGGAGGCUUUGGUCCACGACAUCUACUCUGAGCUGGUGGAGGAUGCCUGCUUGGGCCUUUGCUUUGAGGUGCAUCGCGCCGUGAAGCAUGGCUACUUUUUCUUGGACGACACCGAUCCGGAGAGUGCCAAGGAAUUCGAGAUUGUGGACCAGCCAGGGCUGGACAUCUUUGGCCAAGUGUAUAAUCAGUGGAAGAACAAGGAGUGUGAAUGUCCCAACUGCAAGCGGCUGAUCGCAGCGUCCCGUUUUGCGCCUCACUUAGAGAAGUGUUUAGGCAUGGGUCGCAACAGCAGCCGCAUCGCCAGCCGCAGGCUGGCCAGCAACAACAACAAUGUCAGUAAGUCAGAAAGUGACCAGGAAGACAAUGACGACCUGAAUGACAAUGACUGGUCGUACGGUGCAGAGAAGAAAUCCAAGAAGAGAAAGUCAGAUAAGAAUCAAAAUUCACCUCGACGAUCCAAAUCUCUAAAGCACAAAAAUGGUGAUCUGGGCAGCAGUGUCACUUCAGAAGCUUUCAAGUACAACAACUACAACAGCACUGGCAUCAAUUAUGAAACGCUGGGGCCCGAGGAAGUAAGGUCGCUUCUGACCACGCAAUGUGGAGUUAUCUCUGAACACACCAAGAAGAUGUGCACAAGGUCUCAGCGAUGUCCCCAGCACACGGACGAGCAGAGGAGGAGCGUCAGGGUGUUCCUCCUGGGGCCGUCCGCGUCUUCCCUGCCCGAUACUGACACCACGGCAGAGAGCGACACGUUUGAUCUUCAAGGGGACGGCGGCGGGCCUCAGAACCUCAUAAGCCGCCUGCAGUGGGAAGACUCGCCAGACAUUUCACCCACCGACUCCGCUUCAUCCAGAGCCAGCACCAACCAUUCAGACCCUCGCAGGCCCAAGAAAAAGAAGCGAACCUCACUUGCCUUGAACCACUCGGCUGGAGGCGGCGAAGGAACAAGCGGGAAUCUAACAAGUGGCAGCAAUGGCGGCAUCUCGCAGAGUAGUGUUAACUUGCCCACCAAGAAAAAACGUCCUAAACUUCCCGCUCCUUCCAUUUCCAGUAUCUAUGACGACUUAAACCAGCACUAG